CGCAGCUGGCACGGCUGCGGCUGCUCGGUCUCCGCCCGCUCCUCCUGCGCCCGCCGCUUCCCCGCGACCUGGGUUCCCCGCGCCGUCCCCGCGGGCUUGCAGCGCCCGGCCUCCCAGCCCAGGAGCGCGCAGCCGGGGUGCUGGGGACAUAGCAGUGAGCUGGAGGCCUCAAGGCCUUGGUUCCCGCUGAUGCUGCAGCCUAGUGGAUGGAGCCCACAGACCACAAAACCUCCAGGAAAGCAAGACAGUUUCCUGAUGGUGGGGCCCAGCAGGGACUCCCCGGUGGAGUGAGGGAAGUCUGGCCUUUCCUCAGCCCUGCCAUCUGUGUGGUGACCGCAGGCAGACCCCAGAAGGCCCCCAGAAUGAGAGGCCGGAGGUCUCCGUGGUGCUGCUAGAAAUAUUUUGUAGUCUUUCCAGAGAAGAGAAUGCAGCCUCCACACAUGUUUGUAAGGGGCCUGGGUGCUCGCUGACCGCGCGCGGCGCGCCCUUUGCUCCCGGUGCCCGCCCGGGGCGCUGCCAUAGCAACGGCCUGGACGCCCAGACCUUAGGCCGCCGCCGCCGGGGCCCGGCCUUCUCCCGCUGCUCCGCAGGGCUCGGGCGGCGGCGGCCGGGUGGACGCCAGCGCCCCCUCCUCCUCGGAUUCCAGCAGAGGCGGCCGACCGGCUUCUGAGGAUGCCCUUCCAGAAGCACGUGUAUUACCCGCUGGCCGGCAGCCUGCAGGAGCCCGACCCCCCCGGCGCGGGCGCUGCCUCCAUGGCGUGCGCGCCCCCCGGCCUGGCCGCGGGCCCCCUGCCGGUCUUCCAGUUCCGCCCGCGGCUGGAGAGCGUGGACUGGAGGCGGCUGAGCGCCAUCGACGUGGACAAGGUGGCGGGCGCCGUGGACGUGCUGACUCUGCAGGAGAACAUCAUGAACAUCACCUUCUGCAAGCUGGAGGACGAGAAGUGCCCGCACUGCCAGGGCGGCGUGGACCCGGUGCUGCUGAAGCUCAUCCGCCUGGCGCAGCUCACCAUCGAGUACCUGAUGCACUCGCAGGAGUUCCUCACCGCCCAGCUGCGCGGCCUGGAGGAGCGGCUGCGGCUCAGCCUGGCCGACGGCGAGCAGAGCAAGAAGCUGCUGGCCAAGCAGGCGGGCGACCUCAAGCUGCUCAAGGAAGAGUGCAGGCGCCGCAAGAAGAUGAUCUCCACCCAGCAGUUGAUGAUCGAGGCCAAAGCCAGCUACUACCAGUGCCAUUUCUGUGACAAGGCCUUUAUGAACCAAGGCUUUCUCCAAGGUCACAUUCAACGCCGCCACCCAGAAGACUCUCACCUGGAGUAUAAGAAGAGGGCACAGACAGACAGGCUCCAGAAUGAGGUGGACAUGCUGAAGGAGGAACUGCAGCUCACCAAGUCCCAACUGGAGGCUGCACAGCACGCCCACGCCGUCAGAGUCUCCAAGGAAUAUGAAAUGCAGAAGGCAAAAGAGGAAGAAUUUCUGAAAUUAUUUGACCGAUGGAAAGAAGAAGAGAAGGAGAAGCUAGUGGGUGAAAUGGAAAAAGUCAAGGAAAUGUUUAUGAAGGAGUUUAAAGAACUAACUUCCAAGAAUUCAGCAUUAGAAUAUCAACUGUCAGAGAUCCAGAAGUCCAACAUGCAGAUCAAGUCCAACAUCGGCACACUGAGAGACGCACACGAGCUCAAAGAAGAGCGGCCACAGCAACCCCAGGAUUUCCAGAAUGUCAUGCAGCUUCUUGACAGUCAGGAAAGCAAGUGGACGGCUCGUGUCCAAGCCCUGCAUUCUGAACAUAAGAAGGAGAAGGGCCGGCUCCUGUCACAUAUCGAGAAGCUGCGAAGCUCCAUGAUAGAAGAUCUCAACACGAGCAACGUCUUCUACAAGAAAAGGAUAGAAGAGCUAGGACAGAGGAUCCAGGAACAGAACGAGCUGAUUGUCACUCAGAAGCAGCAGAUUAAAGAGUUUACCAGCAAACCGUCGCACACUGCCAUCGAACCCAGAGGGAAUCAUUUGGCCUGGCAGACCUUUGACUCCAAGCCAGCCGCCCCAGCUGUACCAAUGAGCAGCGCCCCGGCCCCGCCAGCGGCAGAUACUAAACCCAGUCUGGCAGCAGUGCACGAGCAGGCAUUCUCGUCGCACGUGCUGGAGCCAAUAGAAGAACUUUCAGAGGAAGAAAAAGGAAGGGACAGCGAACAGAAACUAAGUAACCACAGGAUACAUUUAAGGAAGGUGUUGAAAAGUAACCCGACCUUCACAAAGGAAAUACGAACAGUCUUGGAGCAGAGUUUGGUAGAGAAGCUGGAAACCUUGGGGAUUGAUGCACAGAGCCGCAGCAUUUCAAGUGAGCACUUCAGCAGAGCGCUGAGGUCCCUGGAGAUGACGAGACGGGAACGAGAAAAGAAAAUCCCUAACAUCCAGCAGAUCCGAGACUACCUUGCAUAUCAGGUGGACCUGAAAGUCGAGGAGAGAACAUCAGUGUCUUCAGGGAAGCCCGUGACCAACGGGCAUUUUGUGGCUACAGAAAGGCCACGGAGAGUCUCCAGUGACAGCAUUGUCUCUGAGAAGCCCAAUGUCUCUCAAAUGGACACCCUUUCUACUGGCGAAAUACCCAAAACAAUCCAGCUUCCUCCCAAAAGCAGACAGCUGGUUAGACAGAGGCCUGUGUUUACGGACAAGACAUCUGUUCCCAAUAGUAAGAAAAGUAUAGAAGACCACCUCCCCAGAAAAUCUUCAACCCUCACGACCCCUCCCUUUAGCUCAGAAGAGGAGCUGGAGGAGGAGGAGAAUCUUGUCCAGGAGUUCACGCCCCUAGACUCGCUCCCUGUGCCUUCUGCUAAAGGCCUGAAGGACGGCCUCGGAAAGAAUGCCUUCCGGAGUGACACAGAGGGAAGUGAAAUGGACGACUCAGAUAUCUCCCCCAAGCCCACUGCCGGAACAGGAACGGGAACAGGAACCUCCAUUAAAACACUAACUGAGAAACUUGAAAAGACAGUUUCAAAUAAGCAAAAUGGGAAUAAGCCAGUUGGUGGGCUCAGCGUAGCUGAGGUGUUCGUCAGAAAAGAGCUGCAAGAAGAAGUCCAGUGUAUGGAUGUCGAUGACGAUGACUGGGACAUCUCCUCUUUAGAGGAAGAGAAACCUCUGGGGAAGAAAAACGGGCAGGACCCCAAGGAUCCACCAGCCAAGAAGAAGGACCCACAUCCUGCCCAAGUGCCGUGUGCCUGGGGUGCAGUCAGUUCCAAGGGCGUCCGGACUGAAGGACUCCAGGAUGAAUCGAGCACCAUGAAGAGCAGCCUGGUAACCAUAACUGACUGGAGCGACUCUUCAGACGUGUGACUAACCCCAUGAAUCAGAAGAUCCUUCCCGAAGCCAGGAAGUCCGGCAACGCAGUAUCUCAGCACCCUGUCCUCACACAAUCUUAAGGAUCCUACCUUCUUCCAGUGUUUAUUCCCCAUCGUUAGAAGGGAGCUGACGGAAAGUACAAGGACGUCACUUCCGCCGUACCUAAAACAGUAUUGACCCACAAAUCGUCAACAGUAUUUUGCAGCGUGCAAAAAUGUUUACGAUGACUUCUGCCUUUCAGAGAUAAUGUUGUCAUGGAAGUCAUAAAAAGCUUUCUCCCCUUUAGAACGUACUCGAGUGUUCUAAGUAUAUUUUUUCUUUCCAGCGAACUUUUCAAGUGAAAAAUGUUUUUUUUUAAACGUAGCAGGUUUCAGUUUGAAUUAAUUUAAAAACAAACAAACAAACAAAAAAAGUACUUUAUUACACUGUCCCAAUGGCAACUGUUUUGAUCAUAGAAUUCUGUUAGCAUCCUGGACAUUGAAUUCAUGGAAUCAGCAACAUUGGUAACAGUAGAUUGGUUAUUUGCCAUGUAGAUCUAAGUUUGCAUAAAAAAAAAGAAAGAAAAGAGAAAUAUAGCAUUUUCCAGAACUAUCUUGACGAUUUUCAGCUUUGAGCAUGUUGCUAUGAAAUAAUCAAUUUAGGACUCUGAAUACAGUUUCACCAGCAUACCCCUUACUUUGACUGGCUUAUGAUUAAAACGUCAGCUAUUUUAAAUGUCAGUUAAAAGAAAAGAGUAAGUCGUUACUGGGUUCAUACGUGUUAUGUAACCCCCCCCACACACACACACACGCAGGCUUUUUUACAAUGCCCAACCCAGAUUAUAAAAUACCUCAAAACCAAUUUAUUUUUUAACAGUGACCUUUGCCAACAGUUAAAAAGUUCAUAUCAACUGUUGUUUUCUGUGUCUUUUAUACUUUGUGGUACUAGCUGUACUGGUUAAAAAACAAAGUGCCAUUUUAACACUAGCUUAUUUGUUGGGUUUGGGGCCUUUUCAUUUUGUCACCUUUUCAAGUAAAGUCCUCCAUUCGA